GCUGUCAUUUGCAGAGUUCCUUGGCAUCACGCAGUCCCAAGCCAACCAGGAAGAGAGCUCUUCCAGGGGCCUUCGAGUUGCUCGAUCUCGCCCAUCCGGCAAGGAGCAGCAGAUGGUGGACUGCGAUGAAUACUUGGUCGUCUUGACGGGGGAAUUUCAGUUGGAGAAGGGUGACGAGAACAUCAUGCUCCGUGAAGGUGAUGGCAUUUUCCUUGAG